UCCCAUUCUAAUUGGUUGGCGUGUACUUAGCGAAUCUAAUCAGGGCUACCACGGGAAGGAUGGGGUCCUCAAGCAACCGCGCUCUCCUGCACAUGGUGGUGGUCUCUUUGGCUGUUACCCAAACAGGUUCUGGCUCACAUUCACUGCGCUAUUUCCACACUGCGGUGUCACGGCCGGGCCGUGGGGAGCCCCAGUAUAUCUCUGUGGGCUAUGUUGACGACGUGCAGUUUCAGCGCUGUGAUAGCAUUGAGGAAAUUCCGAGGAUGGAACCUCGUGCACCUUGGAUGGAGAAGGAAAGACCAGAGUACUGGAAGGAGCUGAAACUCAAGGUCAAGAAUAUUGCACAAAGUGCCAGAGCAAACCUUCGGACCCUGCUCCGCUACUACAACCAGAGUGAAGGCGGCUCUCACAUCCUGCAGUGGAUGGUUUCCUGUGAGGUAGGGCCAGACAUGCGCCUUCUUGGAGCCCACUAUCAGGCUGCGUAUGAUGGCUCAGAUUACAUCACCCUGAAUGAAGACCUGAGCUCCUGGACUGCAGUGGACAUGGUGUCUCAGAUCACGAAGAGCCGUUUAGAGUCAGCUGGCACAGCAGAGUACUUCAGGGCCUAUGUGGAGGGAGAGUGCCUGGAGCUGCUCCACAGAUUCCUGCGGAAUGGCAAGGAGAUUCUUCAGCGAGCAGAUCCCCCAAAGGCACAUGUGGCCCAUCACCCGAGACCCAAAGGUGAUGUUACCUUGAGGUGCUGGGCUCUGGGCUUCUACCCUGCUGACAUCACCCUGACCUGGCAGAAGGAUGAAGAGGACCUGACCCAGGACAUGGAGCUUGUGGAAACGAGGCCUUCAGGGGAUGGAACCUUCCAGAAGUGGGCAGCUGUGGUGGUGCCUUCUGGAGAGGAGCAGAGAUACACAUGUUAUGUGCACCAUGAGGGGCUAACCGAGCCCCUUGCCCUGAAAUGGGGAAGAUCGUCUCAAUCAUCUGUCGUCAUCAUGGUCAUCGUUGCUAGUCUGGUUCUCCUGGGAGGUGUGAUCACUAUUGUUGUGGUGUGCAAGAGGAGGGGUGCAGGUAAGCAAAAGGGUUGACUGAGUCCUUUUUCUCACCUCUGGACUCCAGGUCUUAGUUGGAAUUGUUCCUGCCUGUUCACUGGGUAGACAUUUGGCCCACCAUCUCAAAAGACACAAUAGUUUAUUUUAUGUUAUUGUCUAUCUAUGAGUAUAUGAUGUAGAUGCUGUGUUUAUAAUGUAGGUAUACGCUAGUCAUAUAUGUAUGUAUGUAUGUACAUACAUAUGUGUGUAUGUGUCCAUGUGUAUGUUUAUGUGUAUGUAUGUGUAAGCCAGUGGUCAGUACUGUAUGUCUCCCUCCAUACUUCUUAUCUUUUUUUUGAGAUAGGAUCUUACUAAUUUGGUUAGAUCAGCUAGCCAGUAAACUCCAGGGAUUCUCCUAUUUCUGCUUCCCUAGUACUGAGAUUAUAGAUGUGAAUCAACCACAUGCAGACAGACUCAAUAUACACAGUUUAGACAACUUACAUCUAAAUCACAAAUAACUAAAUGUUAAAAGAUCAAAUUUCCAAAAUUACAAUUCUGGGAAAAUAUUUUUUUGAUUCAUGUAAAGACUUUUAGCUACAUUUUGAAGAGGUGUUUACUUAAGAUGCAUAAAGUAUCAGAGAGGUCUCCUUAUUCAUGUUUGCAUGGGUAUAGUAAUGAAAGUCACACUGAUGUACAUUUAUGAACAAUUAACUAGGAAGAAGUAUCACAAACAAAUGCUAGCCUUGCCUGAGUCUCUGUGCUGACAAUCUGCUGUGCAUAGGAUCGUGGGAAAGAAAAGACAUAAUCAGAGUGGAAGGUUCCUGCUGAGAACAGAUCCUCCAAAAGACUUUAUUACACUUCCUUUAUAUCUUACAUGUUCUACAUCCUUCCCUGAGCCUGCAGUCCUAGUUCUAUCGGCUUCCCUGGGGCUAGGAUUAAGGCUUUUCAUAGACUUUCAUGGCCCUGCUGCCUCCCUGGCCUCUUACCCACUGUUUUCUUU